AUGAGGAACUGCAAGCUUACACCGUGCGUCUUGGUAGCAUUGCUACUAGUUGGAGUUCUUCACCUAGAAGCAGCCAUGGCCACGGACUUCACCUAUGGCGAGGCUCUUGACAAGAGCUUGAUGUUUUUCGAGGCACAGAGGUCAGGGAAACUGCCCUCAGACCAGCGAGUCAAAUGGCGCGGUGACUCGGGACUCACGGACGGCCUUGCUCAAGGGGUGAACUUGGUUGGAGGGUAUUAUGAUGCAGGGGAUCAUGUGAAAUUUGGACUGCCGAUGGCAUUUACAGUGACAAUGCUUUCAUGGGGAGCUAUUGAGUUCAGGAAGGAAAUCACAGAUUUAGCCCAAAUGGGUCAAACAUUAUGGGCCAUCCGAUGGGGCACUGACUAUUUCAUGAAAGCACAUCCACAACCUAAUGUUCUCUGGGGACAGGUAGGAGAUGGGGAUUCGGAUCACUAUUGCUGGGAGCGUCCAGAAGACAUGACAACUCCAAGAACUGCGUACAAGAUUGAUGAAAAUCAUCCUGGUUCAGACCUUGCUGGAGAAACUGCAGCUGCCUUGGCAUCAGCUGCCAUAGCUUUCCAGCCUUACAACUCGUCCUACUCUGCUCUCCUCCUAGUUCAUGCAAAGCAGCUCUUCACGUUUGCGGAUAGAUUCAGAGGUCUAUAUGAUGAGUCCAUUGGGUCUGCUAAGAACUUCUAUACUUCAUCAGGCUACUCGGUACUCACAAGACAAACAGUUGUAUCUUUGUUUUUUUUUUGUAAUUAAUGAAUUAAUUUGAUACAGGAUGAACUACUAUGGGCUGCUGCAUGGCUUUACCAAGCAACGAACGAAGAGUACUACCUCAAGUAUGUGGUGGACAACGCCGUGUAUAUGGGAGGAACUGGAUGGGCUGUCAAAGAAUUCUCUUGGGACAACAAGUAUGCUGGUGUCCAAAUCCUUCUCUCCAAGGUGUUGUUGGAGGGCAAAGGUGGUGCUUAUACUUCCACCCUCAAGCAAUAUCAGGCCAAAGCAGAUUACUUUGCCUGCGCUUGUCUCCAAAAAAAUGAAGGCUACAAUGUCUACAAAACUCCCGGGGGGCUAUUGUACGUGCGUGAAUGGAACAACUUGCAGUAUGUGACUUCUGCAUCAUUUCUUCUAGCUGUUUACUCUGAAUAUCUCUCUGCUGCAAAUGCCAAGCUCACUUGCCCGGAAGGACAAAUUCAACCUCAAGAGCUUCUGAGUUUUGCAAAGUCACAGGCAGACUACAUACUUGGUAAAAACCCCAAGUCAAUGAGCUAUAUAGUUGGGUUUGGCUCAAAAUAUCCAGUUCAUGUGCACCACAGAGGUGCUUCCAUUCCGGAUGUGUCUGUCCUGCAGUCUGUGGUUGGAUGUGUGCAAGGAUUUGAGACAUGGUAUCAUCGCCCCCAGGCAAAUCCUAAUGUCAUCUAUGGCGCCCUUGUGGGAGGUCCUGACCAGAAUGACAACUUCUCUGACGACCGCUCCUCUUACGAAGAGACUGAGCCUACACUUUCUGGCUCUGGUCCCCUUAUUGGCCUCUUCUCUAAGUUGCAAAGUUUAAAUGGAAUUAAUGUUCCAGGUUAUAACAGAGGAUCAUCGAACUCCCACCACCAAACCAUACCAAGUCCAAGUCCCAAUCAACAUGAAAAACAAGUACCCAACAAAGUAUCAGGCACCCCAAUCAAAUUCAUUCACUCAAUAAGCAACACAUGGUCUAUUGGAAAAAUGACAUAUUAUCGCCACAAGGUGAUAUUGAAGAACACAUCGCAGAAACCAGUAACAGAUGUUAAGCUGAUGAUUGAAAACCUGCAAGGGCCUUUAUGGGGUCUCUCUCCAACUCCGGAAAAGAACACCUAUGAGCUUCUUCAAUGGCAAAAGGUCUUGCAGCCUGCCUCAGAGUGCACUUUCGUUUACAUCCAAGGUGGCCCUCAAGCAAAGAUUUCCAUCCUAAGCUACCACUGACCAUCCAAAACAAUAUAAAAAGAGAGAAGAAACAGAGCCAACGUGAAGUCAUGUUAGCAACUAGAGAUAUCAUUGUGCAACUGUCUCGAGCAGACCCCUUCCUAUUUCAUUUCACCCCGCGGAUGCAAUGUAACACGUUUCUCAAGGAGACCAUAAAGAGUCGAGCACCGACUUUUUCUUGGCCAGGCAGACGCUUGUAUCAAAUUUUGAUACCAAUAAUUUGUAACAUACACUUUUCUUUGAAAAAGCCAGCAUUGCUCAACGGCAUGAAAAUCAAAGACCAUUUACCAUUUGUCUUUCCUAACAAUGCAGGCCUCAGUUGAACACCCUAACUCAACAUAUUGUGCGUUUCUUGGCUACAAAUGUCAGAGAAUACAAACACUUUCUUUCUCCUCUCUCCAUUCAAAUAUAAUCAAACGCAUGUGCCAUCUCUUCCCUCCAGUUAGAGAGGUAAGUAAUGGGGCAAAUAAAAAUAGAUUCAGCUCCCCACAUCCAGGUAUAUUGUGAUUUGACUGAGUAUGCACUUACAAAGGUGGAAAAUUUUGAAGUAAAAAACACUAUAUUAAUGCUCAAAAUGAAUUCAUAACGUCAAUUCCAGAAAUUCUACUGAUCACUCUCACAUUAUAGUUCAUGUCGAAGUUCAAGUCAAAACCAGACAUGCCUUGCAAAAUAAAAUUAAAAAUAAUAAUAAUAAUAACA